AUGAGCAGCUCAAAGGGAAGAACGACUCUUGAUGUGGGAGCUGAUGGGAUCGCCAUCAUCACCAUCAUCAACCCGCCUGUCAACUCUCUUUCGUUUGAUGUUUUGUACAGCUUAAAAGACUCCUGUGAACAGGCCUUGAGGAGAGAUGAUGUGAAGGCAAUUGUUGUCACAGGUGCACAAGGAAAGUUUUCUGGUGGUUUUGACAUAAGUGCAUUCGGAAAAAUUCAAGAUAAAACAAUCCAAGCUCCAAAACCUGGUUUUGUAUCUUUGGAGAUUCUCAGCGACCUUGUAGCAGCUGCCAAGAAACCUUUUGUGGCUGCCGUUGAUGGUCUUGCCCUGGGUGGAGGGUUAGAGGUUGCAAUGGGCUGUCAUGCACGUAUAUCUACCCCCAAUGCUCAAUUAGGAUUGCCUGAACUUCAGCUCGGCAUAAUUCCUGGUUUUGGAGGCACACAGGCGCUUCCACGUCUUGUAGGUAUUGCCAAGGCCCUUGAAAUGAUGCUGACAUCAAAGCCUGUAAAAGGGGAGGAGGCCUUAAGUUUGGGCCUUGUUGAUGCGCUUGCCUCGCCAAAUGAACUUUUGAGCACCGCCCGUCAAUGGGCACUUGAUAUUUUGGAGCGUAGAAGACCUUGGGUUAUCGGUUACUACAAGACUGAAAAGCUGGAGCCUCUAGGAGAGGCAAGGGAAAUACUGAAGUUUGCUCGGGCCCAGACUCGUAUACGGGCUCCGAACGUCAAUCACCCAUUGGUUUGCAUUGAUGUUAUUGAGGAGGGUAUAGUUUCUGGUGCUCGUGCGGGUCUUUGGAAGGAAGCUGAAGCUUUUCAAGUUCUGCUGACAUCAGACACUUGCAAGAGCUUGGUUCAUUUCUUCUUUGCUCAGCGUGGGACCACAAAGGUACCUGGAGUCACUGAUUUAGGGUUGAAACCGAGGAUCAUAAAGAAGGUUGCUAUACUUGGUGGAGGUCUUAUGGGCUCUGGAAUAGCAACUGCAUUGGUUCUGUCUAACUACCAAGUUGUCCUGAAAGAAGUAAAUGAUAAGUUCUUACAAGCCGGGAUUGGUAGAGUAAAAGCAAAUUUACAAAGCCGUGUGAAGAAAGGACAAAUGAGUCGGGAGAAGUUGGAGAAAACUCUUUCUUUGCUCAAAGGUGCUCUCGAUUAUGAGAGCUUCAAAGAUGUCGACAUGGUUAUUGAGGCUGUCAUCGAGAAUGUUUCUUUGAAACAACAAAUAUUCUCAGACCUCGAAAAAUUCUGCCCUCCACACUGCAUACUUGCUAGCAACACUUCCACUAUUGAUCUGAAUUUGAUUGGGGAGAAAACGAUGUCCCAGGAUCGUAUCAUCGGAGCUCAUUUUUUCAGCCCGGCUCAUGUGAUGCCACUUCUCGAAAUUGUUCGAACCCAGAAGACAUCCCCCCAGGCGAUUAUUGACUUAUUGGAUGUUGGCAAGAGAAUAAAGAAGACACCAGUAGUGGUUGGAAAUUGCACAGGCUUUGCCGUCAACAGGAUGUUUUUCCCCUACACACAAGCUGCACUUUUACUCGUGGAGCGUGGUACCGACGUGUAUCAGAUAGAUAGGGCCAUUACCAAAUUUGGGAUGCCGAUGGGCCCCUUCAGAUUGUGCGACCUAGUCGGUUUCGGUGUGGCAGUUGCCACUGGGGGACAAUUUGUACUGAAUUUCCCAGAAAGAACUUACAAGUCGAUGGUGAUACCGCUUAUGCAAGAGGAUAAGAGGGCAGGUGAAACUACUCGUCGGGGUUUCUACAUCUAUGAUGAAAAGCGCAAGGCAAGCCCUGAUCCGGAAAUAAAGAAAUACAUCGAGAAGGCUAGGGAGAUUUCGGGUGUUUCUAUCGAACCUAAGUUGACGAAAAUGUCUGAUAAAGAUAUUGUGGAGAUGAUAUUCUUCCCUGUGGUGAAUGAGGCCUGUCGAAUUGAAGCCGUGAAGCCGCUGCCGGAGAGCCGCUACCGCUGCGGGAGAUUGGAAGGGUGCUGA